AUGAGAAAAAGUGAAGAACAAAUCACUAUAGAAAUACCAGACUUUGUGUUCCGCAAUAAGCAUACUGUUGACAUUGAUUACAUAGACAUGCUUGAUUGGUGUUAUCAACGAGAAGUAGGAGUAGGGCACCUUUCAAUUUUUAUGAAGUAUUUGAGUGAAUCUUAUCAAGAAGAAAGUAUCUCCGGAAUGUAUGGUUUUUGUGAUGCUAAUAUGCUUUCCCCAUUAUCACCAAUAGAGAAAGAAGAGGAUCGAUCUAACUACUUGGCUAGCAUUUUCGCAUGUAAUAAUGCUAAGAACAAAAACCAAUUAUUCAUGACACCUUAUUACGAAAAUCGGCAUUGGAUGUUAGCAAUUAUUAGUCCAUGGAAGGGAUUGGUUUAUUGGUUAGAUCCUGAUGAUGUGGAAAAUAAAGUGCAUGAAAAUGCUCGUAAAAUUAUUUAUGAGUAAGUACUAUACUAUUGCAUCGUAAAUGGUUUUACUUUGAUAUAUUAUUUAGGUUCUAUCUAUUUAAUCAUUUUAUAUGUAAAUGACUAGGGGGCUUGUGAAGUUUAGCAUGGUCCAUCGAAAAGAUCUCAAAAAAAUUAAAAAGAAUCCUAAAGUUGGUUGGAACAAACUAAAAGUAAGGUUCUUUUAUAGUAAUUUUUUUUUUUUUUUGUCUAGACAUGUUCUAAACUUAUGACAAAUUCUAUGUUCUAAUUAUUUUUUCAUCGUUUGUUUGUUUUGAUUUCUUGUAAUAGUGUCCUCGUCAACCUCAAGACGCCAAAUACUGUGAAUAUUAUGUAUGCCGUUAUAUGCUUGAGACUAUUGAAAGUAGGCAACAAUUGAUUUUGGAGGAGGUAAGUAUUCGUCAUA